GCUUUGGCCUAAUUGACAUCUAUUAUUAUUAUAAUAUUUAUAAUAUAUACAAAAUUAUUAAAAUUUGAAAAAUUACUUAUUCACGUCAAGUAUAACAAAUUUCUUUGCUUAUUUAAAUGAAGCAAUUCAGUUAUUGUACAGAAUAAAAAACCUUUGACUUUUUCCUUCCUUUCUGAUUUCUUCUUAAGCUCUGAUAUUAGGCUUACAAUCCGGCGGCACCGAUUUUAAAAGAAUCUGAAAGCGUUAGAAAAUUUCCUCGGAUCCUGUUCAUUUCUUGACUCCCAUGGAAGGCAUCUGCAACUGCAUCCAAAGAACCAAAAAGGGAAGAACUGCAGAAAGGAAAGAAGCUUUUUUGAAAAAUUUGUCACCAAAGAUGAUUCCUUUUAUUUAUGUAAUGGCGCAAGUCUGGGUUUCCUUUAUUCCAUCUUCCCUGUCUCCAAUUCAGAGCUUUAAACCAUGUUCCCCCAAUUUCAAAUCUAGGGGAAAGCUCUGAAUCUGCUGCAGAAAUGGCGCGAAACUAUGGCUUUCUGGUCUGCAUUUUGGUUAUGGUAAUCGACGCUGUUGCCGGAAUACUUGGCAUUCAAGCUGAAAAGGCUCAGAAUCGGGUGGUACUAGAAUCGGUGAGCAUAUGGGUGCGUGCAUGCAGCAGGAAGCCGAGAGAUGAUGCUUUUAGUCAGGGGCUGGCUGCAACUAUUCUGCUUGGUGUUGCUCAUGUCAUUGCUAAAGUACUUGGUGGGUGCAUUUGCAUUAGGAAUAAGCAACAUUUUCAAGAAUCAACUGCAAAUAAGCGAUUGGGAUUGCUCUUCAUGAUACUCUCAUGGAUUACAUUGGCUAUUGGGUUAUCAUUGUUGAUAGCUGGGACGGUGGACAAUUCCAAGUGGAAAAACUCAUGUGAGAUAUCAAGUCAUGGCCUGUUUUUGGGUGGUGGGAUUGUGUGUUUCAUUCAUGGGCUCUGUACUGUUGCUUAUUAUGUUUCUGCAACAGCAGCUUAUAGAGAAGAACAGAGGAAACCCAAAGCAAAACCUUCUGAACCACAACAUGUAUAAUCCAAUUGACAUCGGUUUCCUGUAAUGACAAUAUAACCUCUAUUUUAUUAAUUUUGAAUAAAUUUUGAAUCCACAUCUCAGUUCACAUUAGGAGCAUCUACCGUUUUCCUUUUCCAGCAAUUGCCAGGCAAUAUAUCAUACCACACCGACAUAUGCAAAACAAAACGUGGGUCGCUUUUUCUACUCUCUUUUUCUUUUGAAAUUUCUGCUUAGAAAAGAUCCCGUUGAAAAUGGAUUUGUUACAUAUGCACCGAAUCGUAUUCUAAGCAACUUUAAGAAACUGAUCAUAUAAUAAGUCUUUUUUAAAUGAUUCUGGCAAGAACUUUUUGUGCUAAAUCUGAUUCUACAUGGAAGAAUGCUUAAAGACGAUGAAAAUGGUACAAAAUAUUCUCACAAUUGAAUCGACAGGAAGAUUGGGCGAGAAUAGUGGACUUGGAGCGAAUUUCACCAUGAUGUAUGGACCCAAGCUAUUUUCUUCUUAUGUUUGAUUGUAGUGAUCGUUCAGUUGUGAAGGAGAGAUAUUGAGACCUCUAAUUUCAAAGUAAGUUUUUUAUUGAAUAAAAUGGAAAAGAGAGUAAGAAAGGAAAUGUGAAAAUACCUAGAGUGUAAGUUUAUAGAGUUUUGGUGAGAGCGUUGUAUAGAUUAGGGGUGAGCAUGAUAGACUGAAAAACUGAGCCAGUUGACCGAACCAAAAUCAGUUGGUUGGAGAAGAGGGUCGGUUAGUGUCAGUUUGGAAAAAUGCCAAAUCGAAAAUUUUCAAUUUUUUUUUUUUAAAGAAUAAAACUAACCAAACCGAUCGAUUGACUUUUAUUCAUUGACGAUCGAGGUUGGUUUGAGCAUUUAUUAAACCGACCAUAGUAAGUUCAAUGGCGGUUUGGUUGGAAAACCGACUCCGACCGAUGUUCACCUCUAGUAGAUGGAAAAAUAUCCUAACUAAAAGUGACGAGGGAAAGAAAGUGAUUGGUCAAUAAUUUAGGGCUAAAGGUAAGGAGUGUAAUUGUAUCAAUGCCCAAUAGAAGGGAAAACUCAUCUUUUUAACGAGAAUCAAGAUGGCUAAAUUGAAACUGGAGGAUUUUAAGAUGUUUGGUAUCUUUGGAUGUUUGACUAUUUUAAGUUUCCACAAUCCGAAUAUGAUAAUGUUGAUGUCCAUAUGGUAGUAAUGUAGGAUUACCGCAAAACAAACUAUCCUUGGGGAAUAUGUUCUCUAUCUAUGUUGCAUUGCUAUUAAUGCACACCAAACGUAAGUAGUGAAAAUUGUAGUGUCACUGAAAAAAAUAAGCAAUGCAAUAAGAAAUUAGCAAGAGUUGAGUUGAGGGAUGAAACCAAAUUCCGUGGAUAUAACAUUGGUUCAAAUUGGAGAAUCUCGCAUUAUCUUCACAAAUAAUUUUACAUCACAUUAACAGAAAACGUUCUUCUUCUAACCAAUCUUGGAGAGGACAUCGUUGAGGGUUGACACAGUCUGAGCAU